CAACCUGUAUUGAGAAGGAUCAAUCUGUGUGUGAGAGAGAGAAAGACAGUAAAAGUAAAAUGGAAGCAGUAAAGAACUUAACAUUGUUUGGAAAAAGAACUUAGAAAAACCAGAACAAUGGCGUAAAAAAUUGAUGUCUAUAUAGUCCAGAUGGCUAAAUUCAUUUCUUAUGUCAAGCUAACCAUGAAACCAAGUCUAGGAUGUUUGAACAUUUCCAUGCUCACCUUAUUAUUAUACUGUGUGUCCAUAACAAAAUUAAAUAGAGAAACAGGGUAAAAAGGCAAGUGUUCUAUUUGUUUACUAAAACCUGGACUUGGGAGAACAUCAAGGGAGCAUAAACUGACCAGUGUCUUUUUUUCCCCUUCUUUUUAACUUUAUAAAUUGCAUCCAAUGCUAACUAGAUGCUUCAGUCAUAGAAUCUUCUUUGCGGAAAAAAAUGACUUUGAAUGUUUCAGACAUGAUAGAUAGUGGAUUCCUCCAAUCCCAUCAGAGGGAAAACAAUUCCACCAUCCGUUCUUGGAAUAAGGUUCCUAACUUUGCAGAUGACAAAUACAUAGUGCAAGAAAAAGAAAGACUGAGGUGGAUCUAUUCUCGUACGUUUUGUAAGGCAUUACAUUUCAAUUAGUCAUAGUGAAAGGAAUUAUAAGUCAGUAGUACAAAGAGAAGUUGCAAGAGAGGACCCAUGGGUGCAUGAAAAUGGAAGGACAAGAUAUCUUCUCAUGUCGCUAUAAGAUUGGAUUGGAUCUGAUGUUCUUUUGUCCCUUUCCAAGAUUCUAUGCCUCACUUGUAUUCUACUCUCUCUCCCUUUCCUUCUCUCUCUCUCUCUCUCACUAUGCUUAUAAGACAUCCCCAAGUACAACUCUGAUAGGCAAAAUCGGGUCAAAGAAACAAAUAACAUACAAGGCCAUUAGUAGAUAGCUUCUUUACCAAGCAUCAGAUUGCAAAAUAAUACCACCAGAAUAUAUCAGAAUCAUAACUCGCAUUCAAGGUUGCAGCAGAUUGUGCAGGCACGUUAAAUCAUUUUCAGGUAUAAUUAUUUCUUGAUACCGUUUCACUUCCUUACACUCCAAACAUGAGCUGAUCACUACAAACUAUUAAAUCGAAGACAACAAAAUGUAUCAUCGCCAAGGAAAGAACAUUCACCCUUCCUCGAAGAUGUCCAUUCAACCUCAUGAAAGGCCGUUGUUCCUUCAAGGAGCGAAUGGCAACGGAGAUUCGGGACUUAUGCUGUCAACUGAUGCUAAGCCAAGACUAAAAUGGACCGCUGACCUCCAUGAACGGUUUAUCGAAGCAGUAAACCAAUUGGGUGGAGCAGAAAAAGCUACUCCAAAGUCAGUCUUGAAACUUAUGGGAAUACCAGGAUUAACUCUAUACCACUUAAAGAGUCAUCUUCAGAAGUACAGACUCAGCAAAACUCAUUACGGACAAGCUACUAGUGGGAAUAAUAAUAAAGCUUCCACAGCAGAUAGAGUACCCGAGCCUCACACGAGUAAUCCUAAUAUUGCAACCCAAACAACAAAAAAUAUACAUCUCGGCGAAGCAAUACAGAUGCAAAUUAACGUGCAACAAAGACUACACGAACAGCUGGAGGUACAACGUCAUUUGCAGCUGCGAAUAGAAGCUCAAGGUAAAUAUUUGGAGUCUGUACUAGAAAAGGCACAGGAAACCAUUGGAAGUCAGAACUUGGGAGCAUUUUCAGGAAUGAAAGAACUCUCGGAUACAAGCCUGCAGCAAAGACAAAAAGCUCAGGCAGCAGAUUGUUCUAUGGAUAGCUGCUUAAACUCAUUUGAAGGUUCUGUGAUGGACCAAGAACUGCAUAAUAACCUUGGUUUAAAACCUUUCAAUUUUAGAGCAUCUAUGGAGUCAAAGGUUAAUGACAAAGACACGAGUCUACAGAAAACGGAACUCAUGUGGCGUGAGAACCUAAAAGAGAGCGGAAAGUAUCUUUCAAGGGCGAAUAACAAUGUCGAAAAUGCAGAAACCAACCUCAACAGUUUAUCGAUGAACAUUGACUUACUGGGUGAUCAAUGGAAUGGUGAUAGCAACUAUCGAGAGGGAACGUUUAAAGAAGCAAAAGCAGAUGCCAAAUUCUUUGAUCAUAACACUAAUAGAAGUGAUUUGUCUAGACCAGAGAAGCAGAAGGCAUCAACAGAACUCAAACUACCUUUCGUCUCAACAAACUUGGACCUCAACACAAAUGAUGAAAACAAUAUUGCUUCAAAUUGCACAAAGUUGGAUUUGAACGGCUUUAGCUGGAGCUGAGACGCAAAGUUGGCAAAAGCUACCGCUCAAGAAUUUAGCCCUAGAAUCCUGGUACUUCGAUUAUGAAAGUAUUAAUCAUUCGAAUAAAGAAAAACACAGCCUAUUUUUCAGUUUGAAUUGGUUUUUUCUCCAUCCGCAUUGUUGUCGAGUCGUAUGGAACAUUGUAACAUUACGAGGUUUAUGUAUACUGCUUACCCAAUUUUUCGACCU